GUUUUACGAGGAUGUUGAUCAAGUUCUAACGGAAAGUACAGGAACAAGAAAUAUUAAAGGCAUCAUGGUGAAGCUUCAAGAACCAGCUGAGAUAACCUUAAAUCCAGAAUGCUUCCGUAAUAUGUCUUUGCCACCCAAUUUUCAAGGAAAUCGUCUUGUUGUGUUCAGUAUGCCUCGCAGUCAUAUGAAACAAUUGGAUGGAUUUAAGUUUAAGCAUUUGCCAAACCUGACAUCUAUGGAUUUGAGGGGUUGUCAAUUCUUAGAAAAAAUCCCAGACUUAUCCGGAAUCCCAAACAUAGAGUACUUGAAUCUACGCGAUUGCACACGGUUGGUUGAGGUCGAUGAUUCUGUUGGAUUCCUUGAUAAACUUGUUGUAUUGGAUCUUGUUGGAUGCUUCAAUCUUACAAGGUUUGCAACAACACUUAGAUUGAAAUCUCUUAAAGAACUUGAUCUUGGUUAUUGCAAAAGGCUUGAGAGUUUCCCAGAAAUAGAAGUAGAGAUGGAAUCACUACGGAGAUUGGAUUAUUGUGAGAACCUUACAAUUACGGUGAACUCUCAAGUCUCAUCCAGCAACUCCGAAUUACAGCUGCUUCCCAACCUAUUUGCAUUUAGUCUCAAAGGAUGCAAUCUAUCAAAAAGUGAUUUCCUCCUGCCCCUUGAUUGCUGGUCCACAUUAACAGAACUUGAUCUAUCGGGAAACAAUUUUGUCAGUCUUCCGAGAUGCAUUAGCAAAUUUGUCAACUUGCGGAAGCUUGACUUGAGUGAUUGCAAGAGUCUUCUGGAAAUUCCAGAACAAGUGCUUCCACGAAGAGUAGAAUUCGUAUUGCUGGAUAACUGCACAUCAUUGGAAAAAAUUCCAAAACUGUCUUGGGUAUUGCUGGAUAACUGCACAUCAUUGCAGAAAAUUCCAGAGAUCUCACCGGGGGUUGAAUUGGAAUUGACUUUGACCAAUUGCGUUAGACUACACGGCUACGACAUCACAGAAAAUAUUUUUCUGAAUCAGGUUUCUGUUUCUUCUCCGCGUUCUUAUUUCCACAUUUAUCUUCCAGGCGAU